AUGAUUGCUGAGCAUCUGGGCCUCCCCACAGAGACCCCUGGGACUUCCGAUGCCCAACUACCGAAUGAAUCUCGAAGUGCCUCGCCUGCGAACUCGAUAACAGUUGAUCCGCAAGGGGAUAUUCCAUAUCGGGCAGCUCAUCAACUCAAUCUGCGCACCAGGCAAGCCUCAGAGCGAGAUGAGAGCCGCAAUACCACUGCCGAAGGAUCUCAAAGGCCGGACGCCUCUCUCGUCCACAGAUCGCUGGGUGCAGUGCCUCGUGAUUCCGAUGUUGAGAUGACGAACACCGACUCUUUACGGACAUCUUCACUUCCCAACAACGGACCCCUUGCACCGACCGAGUACUCAGCCACCGCUUCCUCUACAUCGUCAGUGUCUGCCGAACCUUCCAUUGUGCCCAAGCUGGAAUAUCCGGAGAACUUGGAUAUUCAGUCUUCAUUAUCGGGCCUGCCUUCCCUCUCCAAAAUCCCUCAAUCUCCGAGGGAAGCCAUUGCGGGGGGUACCCUUCAUAUCGUGGUUUCCAAGAAAGGGAUGAUGGUUACCCACAGCGAAAAGGAGCUUGCGGAAGCGGGCUACUUCAUACAAGCCCUCAAACUAAAGGGAAUGUCCUGGACACAGAUUUCCGAUGAGUACGCUCAAUAUUUUGGGGUUCGCCGUAGUCCGAUGGCUCUGGCAAAUCCUCAGGUCCUCUGGCGCAAUUUACAACGGGACCGACUGCUGGUGCUGAAGAUCCCUGCCCGGGCGCGGCCUCGCGAGUUCCCAUCAACCGGUACUCGCUCGGAUAUGCCUCUCCAGUCUGAGUAUCCUCGAGCUGUGCCGGUCAUGCAAGAGAGUUCUACGCAGUAA